AUGACAUCUAUGAAUGACGUCAGAGACCACCACGACUUCAGUCGCGAUGGCGACAACGACGACGACGCUAGUGUUGGUGGCACGGAAAAUUAUGUUUUAAACAUUUUUCAGCAAAUCAACACCACCAACAACAACUACUACAACAACAUCAACAACAACAUCAUUAACAACAUCAACAAUAACAACAACAUCAACACCAUCAACAACAACAUCAACAACAACAUCAACAUCAGCAGCAGCACAGAGCCAUCAAAUUACAUCGUCCAGUUGUCCAUCGUCUUUGCAAUUUCCAGCAUUUUGUUAUCCAGGGGAGGCCGGAAGUUUUGA